UGUUGUGUGUGUGUGUGUGUGUGUGUGUGUGUUUACACAGACGGGAAUACUGCGCCAAAGGAAGUGCGCCGGUUCUCCGUCUGCGCGUCCCGACUUCCUGCUCUGAGGAGAGAGAAAAGCUGCGGAUCCGCUUUCAGACAGCAGCAGCAGCAGCAGCAUGGAACCUCAACACAACACACACACCCCGCUUUAAGACACAAACACACACACACACAUCACGCGGGGCAGACGGACAGAGGAGCAGCGGCCAUCCACAGCAGGAUCGCCUGUGUCUCUGGUGUCAUCCCGUCAUGGAGAGUUCCAUCACACUCUGGCAGUUCCUGCUGCAGCUGCUGCUCGACCAAAGCCACAAACAUCUCAUCUGCUGGACGUCCAAUGACGGCGAGUUUAAGCUGCUUAAAUCUGAGGAAGUGGCCAAGCUGUGGGGGCUGCGCAAGAACAAAACCAACAUGAACUAUGACAAAUUGAGCAGAGCCCUACGCUACUACUAUGACAAAAACAUCAUCAAGAAGGUGAUUGGCCAGAAGUUUGUCUACAAGUUUGUGUCGUUUCCUGAGAUUCUGAAGAUGGACCCUGCGAUGGUGGAGUCGGGCCGCAGCAGCGAGGAAAGUGGGGGUAUGACGUCAGAGCCUGAACCUGAAGACGAGGAUGGGGGUGGGAGAAACCAAUACCUCCACUCCGGCCUGUACUCCUCCUUCACCGUCAGCUCCCUGCAACACUCCCUAGAACCACACCAGCCCAUCAAGAUGGAGCCCAGAUCCGAUCACCAUGAUGACAGCUCCUCUGUCAUCCGAUUCAUAACCAACCGCGGCCACUCCUCCCUACCAUCCACCCCACUCCCAUCCUCGAAUGAGACCUUCCAUUCCUCCAGGCCAUCUUCUCAGCAGGCCUGCUCUUCCUCAUGCUCUUCCUCCCCGCCACAAAGCCCCGCCCACACACUGUGGAGGGGACGGAACCAGAGCACAGAGACUGGCGAGUUAGAGCAGAGCGCUCAACCUCUAAACCUGUCAUCUGGUCAGAGGGAGAGAGUGAGGUCAAAAAGCACAACGACGCCAGAGAGGAGGGGUUUGGCCAAUAGUGUGCCUUUGAAAAGCAGGAAACCCAAAGGCUUGGAAAUCUCCGCCUCCUCUCUCCUCCUGACAGGAAGUGACCUAGUCUCCAUUGCUCUCAACAGCCCGGCGCUGCCUUCAGGGUCCCUGACCCCUGCCUUCCUCACUGCACAGACUCCGUCUGGUCUGCUGCUCACUCCCAGUCCUCUGCUCUCCAAUAUCCAAUUCUGGUCCAGCCUGAGUCCAGUGGGACCCCUCAGCCCUGCCCGACUGCAGAGCCACGCCCCCCUUUUUCAGUUCCCCACACUGCUGAAUGGACCCAUCCCUGUGCCUUUACCCAGCAUGGACGCUCCGUCUCCUCUCCUGCUCUCCUCCAGCUCCCACAAGUCCUGAUACCAGCUCGACCUCCAGAGGGGAACUGGGCCAAACCAGGCCGAGCUAGGCCACAUCAGCACAGAUAAGGACCAAGCCAAUCAGCCUUAAACUCUGAUGAUGAACCACACAGAAGUCUGACUUUCUUGGAGUGAAAUUACACUUUCAUCUGAAACCUGUUCCUUUGCAUUUAUCAUAUGAAGAAACAGGAGCUUAACUCUGAAGCUUUGCUCUCUGAGUAGAGUAUUUGCAUUUACAUUUCAUUGUGUGUUCACUAAAGGUCAACUGCUCAUGUUCUUUACA